AUGGGGAAGGAGUACAACCGACGCAGGGACGAGCGAAGAGAAUUGCCGUACGAGGACAGGCGCGGGCAGGGCAGCGGCGGGGGUCAACGAGGCGACGCGGUUUAUGCUGAGCAGGGGUACGGGUACGGGCAGUCGCAGGGCUGGCAGGACUGGCAGGCUGGUGCAACGAGGCCUUACCCUCCUCCUUCCUUCGCUCCUUCGCCGCCUUUCUUCCCAAAGCAAGCCGCUCCUCCCUUCGGUGCAUUCGACUGGGGUCCUUUCAGUCAGACGUAUGCGCCGCAGCCCGGACCGUCGAACUGGCAGGCCUGGGGUCCGCCCAUACCGCCUUUUCAGCCCUAUAACGACGCUCCCUUCGUCCCGGCACCCGCUCAACCCUUCUUCCACCCUAGCGUACCGACUCAAGCACCCUUCUCUCCUUCAGCUCCUGACCAGAACGGCUGGCACUCCACAACGCCGCGAUACGGUCCUCAGCCGCCCAGGUCCCCAGCGCGCGGAAGACGGGACGACGCUCGUCGGCAGGAGGGAGACCGACCCGACGAUCGCGCUCCGAUUUCCUACGCAUACACCGGUGAUGGCACCUACGUCCCUCCCGCGCGCCGCGAGCGCCUGCAUAGGCGCGAAGGUCCCGUCUACCCGCCGACGCAGACGUACCUCGACGCGGCGAACGGCGAGUCUGAGACGUUCGAGACGGAGGAGCAAGUCGGCACGAAGGAACCUGUCGUGCUCAUCCUUGAUCUGAACAACACGCUCCUCGUCCGAGGCGAGCGGAACGCGGCUGGCAGCAAGACGCCCGUCGUGCGCCCUUACCUCGCCACCUUUCUCGAGUACAUCUGCUCGACCACCGGGCCGGAUCUCGUCUCGGGCAAGCCGCGCUUCCAGCCAAUCAUCUACUCCUCUGCCCGCUCGUACAACGUCCUCUCCAUGCUCGCCGCCAUCAACCUCAUCCCGCCUUCGCGCGUUCCCCCGCCUUUCGACCCGAAAGCGCCUCUCCCUCCUUCACCUAUCGCCGAAAAGUACCGCGCUCUCUCGCCCUCCCGCUCACCUACCCCACCGCCCCGCCACGGCGACUACGUUUACGUUCAGGCGCCGUACAAGCUUGAGCCGAGCGAGGGGGACGUCCUGAAACUCGUCUUUACGCGCGAGAUGAUGGGGCUGUCACCGAUGGACUAUCACGGCGACGUCGAAACGGUCAAGGAUUUGGCAAAGGUGUGGGAGCGACUCGGGUGGGCAGAGGAGCGUGGAUCGAAGGAUGGAAGGAGAGGUUCUGCGACGUCGAGGGACGGUGUCGGAGAGGCGUUGAGCCCGGAGGAGGUCGCCCGGCGGGACGAGAUGGGUGCGCAGCGGACACUCUUGCUCGACGACGAGGCUGGCAAGGCGGCACAACAACCGUACUCUCACCUCCCGAUCCCGCCCUACCUCGUUCAUCAGGGCCACAUGCCUCGCACCCCCUUCAUUCGUCGCAAUUCUCGCUCAUCCCGCUCGCCGUCUCCUAUCAGCUCAUCAAUCGAUCCCGACAUCUCUUCAUACCUCCGAGCCCUCGAGGUCCACGACAACCACCCGCCCGCAUGGGACGACGCGCUCCUCCGCUCAGUGUGGGAACUCGAGAACUUGCGUCGCGAGUCGAACGUCGCGGCGGCGAUCAAGUCGGGCUUCCUCCAGCGGAUAAGGGACGAUGCGCGCGAGGCGGUGGAGAAGGCGGAGGAGGGACAGCAGGUGACGGAAGAGAUGGUCGAUGCGGAGUUGGCGAAGCGCGGGAGGAUGGUUUGCGAGAGGCUCGGGAUCGAGGUCAAUAGGAAGUGGGAUCGGAGGUGGAGGCAGAGGGUGCUGCAAAGGCGAGAGGACAUGCUGGCGAGGGCGGAGCGGGCAGCUGAGACGGCGGCGGAGUGA